CCUCAGCCUGAGCGCCGCGAAUUCAAAACUGUUCUUUUUCGGCCCCCGGUACGUGUCCCAUUGGUCUCUUUGGACCAUUAGCCAGCCGAACGAUACUCGAACGGCUGCAUGAGCGUUCCGAGUUUGCUGGCUAGUGUCUUUACAUGCCGCUAGCCAGCUGCUCCGCGCUCGGACGAGCCUCUGCGUAUGAGUCAAUAGUUUGCCACAGGCGAGUCUCUGUGUGUGUCUUGCACCACACGACAGUAAUUAGUGCGCAGACGAGCUGUGCAUUGCAGUCUGUUGCAAACCAGCCCUCGGUGCAGACUGCACCUAGUUGCACGCCAAGCAGUGAGAGCGCAGACGUAACAAGCAUGCACGGCACGGCCCUCCUCGCGCUGCUCGCAGCCGUGCCGCAAAGCUGCGCGCUUUCCCUCGCGCGCCCGCGGGCCACAGUAAAACGCACCGUGCUGCGCGGCGGCGGCGCCGUCGACACCGCUCCCGUGAAACGCAUCACGGCCUUCGUCGACCGCAACUUUUUUGUGUGCGGCAUGGUCGCGUCCGUCGCCGUCGCCGGUUUAAGUCCCGGGCCGGGCCAGGCCUGCGAGAAAUUCGUCGGCAAAUACGCGGUGGCCACGAUUUUCGUAUUGAGCGGCUUAGGAUUAAAACUGUCGGAACUCAAGAAAGCAGCCACGAACACGAAGCUCAACGGCUUGACGCAAGGGGCCAAUUUGAUAGCGUUCCCCGCGCUGAUGCUGCCGGUCAUCUCCGUACUGCGCAAGACGUCUCUAGAUGGAAGGCUACUGGACGGUUUGCUCGUGACGAGCUGCUUACCCACAACGGUGAAUAUGUGUGUCGCAUUAACACAGGCGUCGGACGGCGACGUCGCCGCCGCGCUGACGAACGCCGUAAUUGGCAAUUUGUUAGGAGUGGUGGUGACGCCGGCUCUGGUCUUCGCGCUGAUGCAGAAGUCGGUGCAGUUGCCGCCCGCAUCCAUUGUAGCCAAGUCCCUGGGCGCGAAGGUCGCUUUACCUGUAUUCGUCGGCCAAUUGUUGAGACGGUCACAAUGGAUAAGAUCUAUGCUGGAGAAGCGCAAGACCCUCGCGAAGCGGGCCCAAGAAUUAGCUCUACUCAGCGUGGUGUGGUGCGCCUUCUCGGCGGCGUUCGGGAAAGGUUUAGGAGUAUCAGGCUCGGAUUUAGUCGCGCUCUUGGUCGGACUGCCCCUGUUGCACGUUAUGAUCCUACGCCUCUGUCUGAAGAUAGGCCGGACCCAGUUUGACAACAGGGAGGCGACGGCCUUCGCGUUCUGCGCCUCGCACAAGACGCUGGCCUUCGGCCUGCCGCUCAUCCGGACGCUCUUCGAGGGCUCGCCGGACCUGGCCUACUACUGCGCGCCGAUCAUGGUGCUGCACCCCGCCCAACUAUUUAUUGGGAGCCUCUUCGCGCCGGGGUUGAAAGAACGUAAUUACUCUUGAGAUAGCGCCCGCGCGUCAGUAAUCAUAGCCUCGAGGUGGCCGACCCACUUGUCCCGGUCACUUUCACCGUCGCACGCGAACUGC